CACUGUAAAUAUAUUCUACAUUCAAUUAUUGGUUUGCGUCGUGAGGAUGUAUUGUUUUUGUUUUAUAUCGAUAAUGAUUCAAAGUUAGCUGAGGUGAGUAAUGAAAGGAACGACGACGGUUUAUUGCCCUUAGAAGUGGCGUUAGAAUCGAAACAGUUCAAUCUAGCCACAUCGAUCAUCAAUCAUCGCGGUGAUGCGGAUUGUUGCCGAUUCUUGUGUGAAAAUGGUGCGAAAUUAGAUGUACGGGUCGUGUCGAGCGGUGAGACUCUGCUGCACAUAUUGGCGAAUUCGUGUUGCUCUGAUGAUAUGUUAGCGUGGAUUGCAACCAUUUGUGAUCAGUUGAACAUCAACGAUGUUGAUCUGCAAAACAGUGAUUUUGUGUGUUCAGAAGCGCAUUGUUGUGUGCAGUGGAAAGUGACAAUAGACGUUUGGUGGAGUUUNGCACUGCAAUUGGCGUUAUUGCAACAAAACGACAUCGAACGAUCAGAAGCAUUGCUCAAGACGGGUGCCGAUUUGAAUACAACAGUGCAAAAUGAUGGUGAUACACUCGUACAUAGUGCUAUAAGAAGCAAGAAUUUAUCUGCGCUGCAGUUUCUGUGUGCUCAUAAAGCUGAUGUCAACUUGCGUAAUAAAGAGGGUUUGACAGCGUUGCAUUUAGCCGUUUCACAGCCAGAAUUCCAAGCGGACAUAUUGCGAUUGCUGCUGAAAUCUGGAGCGGAUCUGACCCUAAAAACACCCGAGACUGGAUCGACAGUGUUCCAUCUGGCAGUUGAGAAGGAAUGUGGUGAUCAGAUCCUGCGAAUAAUCGCCGAAGAAAGAGGAAAACCACUUCCUUUAUCGGUAACGGAUGCGAACGACGAGACACCGUUUGCGAAAGCGUUGCUGAAUGGAUUCGUGGAAGCACCGAGAAUCCUGUUGAGAGCCGGAGGAGCCGAUGUGAACGAGGUGGAUCGUAACGGAGUGCCGUUGCUGCUGAGGGCAAUCGCCAAGAAACACGACAACGCGGCCGUCUUUCUGCUCAAAAAUGGUGCUGAUCCUACAGUUAGAAUGCCUGAGAGUAAGAAUUGUUUGGAAUUGGCCGUUGAAUGUGGUCUAUUGGAAACAGUUCGAUGCUUAUGCAAAUCGGGUGCGAAUCUGGAUUGGCGAGAUCCGCUCACUGGCUUACCACCGUUGUGGAGUGCCGUAAGUCAAGGUUCAUUUGACGUGGCUGCAGUUUUGGUGGAGCAUGGAUGUGAUACAAAUGGAUGGGCGUACAGUGACGACCGUACCUAUACACAAACACUGCUGCAUCGUGCAAUCGACUUGAAUCUAACAGAUGCAGCGAUUUUCUUGAUUCAGAAGUUGGUUUUUUUGCAUCUCGGGUUGUUCUCGUCGAUCGUUGAGCAGUUUAGCGGAUGA